AUGACCGGGACACAGAUGGGCGGCGGCGGCGGCGGCGGUGGCGUCUGGCUUUCUCUUUUUUCUUCUGCUCUUUCCGAGGCUGUCAUGUCUGAUAGUGGGAAAUUCAUCUAUCUAUCUACUCAGCAGAACCCGAAAUACCCAUUAGCCGGUUUCCCUCUCUAUCUCUUUCUGUGUUCUAUCUUCCGUUCCAGCAGUCCCUUGAACUUGCAUGAUGCUGUCAACCAACCCAACUUGCUCUCAACCCUGGUCUUUGGUCUCGUUACUCAAUUGCGUGAGUCUGACUUGGUCAUUUAUAUCAAUCUGGCUGUACUCCCUCGCCUUGUCCCUUGA